CCUGGGAGCGUGCAGCACCGCAAUCCGGUGCCCGCUGUGUCCCGAUCAUCGUGCAGCACCGCAAUCCGGUGCCCGCUGUGUCCCGAUCAUGUGAUCACUGAUUGGCCAAUCAGUGAUCACAUGAAUAGUAGUAAGCAAGAUGUCACUUCCUGACAUUAUUGCUUACUACUAGUGAAAUCUGUGAAUGAUCACAGAGGUCACAUGGUACAGGGCUAUUCACAACAGCCUUGUACCAUGUGACAAGCUGUGACCAAUCACAGCUCAC